AUGGACUCGUACCUGGCACACGCCCCGGCGUUCCUGGUGCCGCCCGUGCAAUUGCCCAAGUACGAGGAGUUCCCCCUCGCACGCAAAUACGACAGAGCAAAGUUCCGCACAAGCGCGCGCCACCAGCAGUACUACCAGUACUACGACAAGCUCAACACAGACGGCCUUCUGUUCGAGCCGUACUCGGACUCGGCCACGGCCAGAUACUACAAAGAGCACCGCAUAUACUCGGCACAGGUGGACCGGCAGAAAUUGACCUCAGACAGCCCCGACGAGCCGGCCACAGAGCGCCCCUUGGAGACAAGCAACCUCGUGACGUUCCCCGACCUGCUCGCCGGCGACGGCGUCCCCCACCUUAUCCACCACUCGCUUGUGCGCAUGGGACACCGGAUCUGUCUUUUUGGCGGGCUCGAGCUCAUGCCGGACGCGCAGUACGAAGCGUACCUGCGCGAGCUCACCGACGACUUCUCCAUCCCGGCAGCCAACAUCCACAUGCACUUCGACUAUGAGCUGCCUCCCCCACUUAGCAAGGCCAAGCUCACGUCGCUCCCUCUGCGGCCCAACAAAAACGUGUACACGUACAACUCGGAGACAAGCACGCUGCUCAAGACGUGCGAGCUCGACGGUGUCAAGACGCCGCCGCCGUUGCUGUGUUCUGGCCUGCAGCAGAUCAGCGCGUACCAUUUCAUGCUCCACGCAGGCUUCGAAUUGCACACCCACGUAGAGAAGCGCGACGGCCACGUCCACAUCACCAGGACGCUCGACCCGCAGACGGCCAUGUGGAUGUUCGAUGUCCGCACACAGCUCUUCACACAGCUCGAGGCCAUCCUCAGCUCGUCCAUCUCCACCUAUCUGCCCCACUACAUCCCGCGAUUCGGCCACAAAAUCCAAGGUAUCACCAUCGAGCAGAACAAUACACCGGACGACGACGACAGCCUCCACUCUGGCCCCUCCCACGACCACACUAUUGGCUCGUGCUCGCGGUACUCGCGUCCCGCCGUCGUCUUUGUCAUGGGCGGCUACAAACUCGAAGAGCACACAAACCGUUUUGUAGCACUCAACGACCUGUGGAAGUGUGAGCUCUCGGCCAGCAACACGACGGACCCUUCUGCGCGGGGGUUUCAGCUCGAGUUCUCCACGGAAAUGAUCUGCUCGCUUGUGGGGAACCCGGACAUCCUCAACGACCGAUUCAGUUUCAGCUACAACGCAAAAGGAGAGCCGUUAGGCCAGGAAAAACGGCAGGUCAUCCAGGGCCUGUUCCGCCACGGAAUAGACGUCCAAUGGCCCAAGCCGCGCGGGUUCUUUAGCAUGGACGUUGUGCAGACGACCGAUCUUGAGCAGAUGGUGGAGAGCGAGUUGGCGGAGCAGCACCCACGCAUCAGCCAGCCCAAGCCGAAAAAUUGCCGCUAUUUCACCGGGUUGCAACACGGUACACGGUCGCCGUCGCCCACGCCGUCGCUGCAGGCGCAACUGCGCGCGUCGUCGCCCUUGUCAGCAACAGAAAGAGCCAACAUGCGCCAAUAUUUCCAGUACGAGGGCCGAAUGAGGAGCAGGACCCCAUCCUCCACGGAGGAGACGCCGCGGUCGUCGCCGGGCGCUGCGGCGGCGCAGUUUUCGUCGCUCGCAGUGCGCUCGAGCUCGCUCGUGGUGUUUGGCGGCUCCAGCAUUGUCCACAUAAAAGUGGUGGCCGACGACGGCUCGGAACACGUGUACUCGAAAGUGGAGGUGUUGAGCGACAUGUGGUGGUUCGAUCUCAACACGGAAACCUGGACGAGCGUACUAACGGUUAAAAAAUCCGAUAACAGGCCGCUCAAACUGUGUGGCCACGCAUCGGCUAGCGACGGGCAACAACUCAUGGUGAUCGGCGGGUUGCGCGGGUACCAGCUCGACGACAAGCUGCUGGCCACCCAAUACAGCGGAGACGCCGCAAAGGAGUACCUGGACAUUGCCGAGAAGGCGUUUGACGCGAUCAGCGAGAAAGUGGGGCCCGGAAUCAACCGCGACGUGUACGAUUUCUUUGUGCUCAACUUUGCCACGCGACAGUGGAAACACGCAGAAACACGGCUGUACAACGCCAAGAAGAACCUCAUGUCGGGGCAUUUCCUCAUCAACGUCCACGUACAGGCAUUACAGUUCGACUCAAAGGUGGUGAUGUGUGGGGGUGGAGACGCGCGUGUCGUCGAUAGCAACCAUCUGCUGCUACCGGACGAGCAGCAGGACCACUCGUUGGGUGGGGCUUUCGAAAUCUUAUCGUCGCUCAUGAAAUUUUAA